AUGGAGUACACCAAAGUUCCCCUGGCGAGUGCGGCGAGUUUCGAGCAGGAGGUGACGCAAAUGAGCGACAACAGCCAGCGCAGGCUAUGCCGCCAGCGGACCGAGCCGAGGACGCGUCGACAUGAUGGCGGCUCGCGGUUCUCUGGCGCGCCCACGGAAAUGGGAGUCCUGGUGUUGGUAGGCUUUCUCGGGGCCCUCGGGCAUCUGCUCUUUUAUCACUCCAUGGACGGCAGAUCUGUCUCGGUAGCACCUCUUUCCCAGGAAUGGACGCUGCGUAUCGGGUCGGUGCUGGCUUUUGUGGCCAAGACGUGCUGGACCGUGGCCGUCAUCGUCGCCCACGCUCAGCAGGUCUGGACCGCCUUGGACCGCAAAAACCCAAGCUUGAAGACGAUCGAUGCGAUGUUCUCCAGUGUAUCCGACUUUACAAACUUCCGACAUUUUGCCAUGGUUCGCACUGCCAAGGUCGCAACUGUCCUUGCAAUUGUAGCAUGGUGCAUUCCGCUGUCGACCAUCGUCACGCCGUCGACGCUCACGGUCGUCUCUGCGCCUCGCACCAGUUCACACACAGUAGAGGCGACGGUGCCCAUGGUAGGCUUCAGCAAUGCCUCGAAUUUCGCCGCCAUGGCAACAUGCACAAAAGGACUGUGCCCGCUCAGUCUGAACCCUACAAACUCCAACUCAGGCAUUCAGUACCGGUAUCCGAACGCACAGACAGUGGUGCUCUCUUCAGCGACCUGUUCAAGCGGCCGCAUCCAGGCAAUGGUGCAGCAGUACAGUAACUCUAGCUACCGAAUCGGCUUCCACGCCCCAGUCCUCAGCUGCAAGAAAGCAGACGAUACAGCGAUCGCAUCUAUCCAGGCAGUCGACAAACAGACAGUGCCGGACGACUCAGUCUUUCGCAUCAAAGGCAGGCCUCUCGUCAGCUAUUAUGCAUUCGUACCGGCGUACACGCCUCGCAACGAGCUCACAGCGCUCGAUUUCACCAAUCUGCCAAUGUCCUAUGAAGAUCUCAAGAACGCGACCCUCCCCAAAGCACUAGAUAUAUGGGUCAAGGCGGGUCAAUACCAGGAGGAGGCAUACAGCAUAUGCAGCCUCUACAACGCUACAUACGAUACCAAGUUCGACUUUGUUAACGGUGUCCAGGCGACAGAAGUGACUACCUCCCUGCAAGACAAGAUCCCGUACACAAUCGCGCUGGGUGCGCCGAACGGGAGGAUGGACCCCUGGGGUAUGGAGUUCGAAUACUUCACGUACCAAGCCAUCUGGAUGUCACUCGCCCAGCUGAUCACCGGCCGGUUCUUCAACGACCCCUUUACAGACACGCGGGUUUUGCAAACUCCCAUCAUUGGCAGCCGGGAGUUUGUUCCAUAUUUUGAAGGCAACUUUGGGGCGGCGCGGCAGCCCUUUGCUAGUAGCAAGGCCAUCGUCGACAUUCUCGAGGAGUUGAGCCAGAAUGUCACUCUUUCAUUCUUUUCAUCCCCGGCACAUCGGUGA